GCUUGUCUUCACUCGGAGAGUAGAGUACAAUCUCCCUUUUCUCUCUCUCUCACGCGCGAUUUCCCCGGCGCGCUCUGGAGAUGUGGUGGAUGCUGUUCCCGCGCUGGAUCUGGUUCCUGGCGCUCGCGGCCGUGUGGAUGGAGCUGCGGGUCGCAGUCUUGCCCCACAUCAUCUACUCCCACGCGGGAGUUUGCCCCAACGACGUGAACCCCAACCUGUGGGUGGACGCCAUGAGCACCUGCAUACGAGAGUGCGAAUCCGACCAGGAGUGUGAGACCUUCGAGAAGUGCUGCCAGAACGUUUGUGGGAAUCGGAGUUGCGUGGCGGCCCGUUCCGUGGACGGCAAGAAGGGCACCAAGGAGGCGACGUGCGCCAGCUUCCUGUGCACCCAGCAGGGGUCCGAGUGCGACAUCUGGGACGGCCAGCCGGUGUGUAAGUGCCGCGACCGCUGCGAGAGGGAGCCGCACUUCACCUGCGCCUCCGACGGCAUGACCUACUACAACAAGUGCUACAUGGACGCCGAGGCGUGCUCCAAGGGCAUCACCCUGUCCGUGGUCACGUGUCGCUUCCACCUGACCUGGCCCAACACCAGCCCCUCGCUGCCUCAGGCCACCACCUUCCGCUCCACCACCGCCCCCCUCCAGUCCACCGUCCCGCCUCCCACCGAGCCCCAGCCGCCGGCGCUGGUCGGGGGCCCCGUCCCCCAGACGGUGAACGUGGGCGACACGGCCAGCUUCCUGUGCGACGUCACGGGUCGACCCCGGCCCGAGAUCACCUGGGAGAAGCAGCUCCCUGAUGGGGUGGAGCGGGCCGUCAUGAGGCCCAAUCAGGUGCGGGGGAACCUGGUGGUCACCAACAUCGGUCUGCUGGUCAUCUACAACGCCCAGCCGCAGGAUUCGGGGGUCUACACCUGCAAGGCCCAGAACCCGUCCGGCACGGUUCAGGCCAGCCACCUGCUCACCGUCCUCCCCACCGAGGUACUGAAAACCCCGGAGCUCAAGAACCUGACCCGCUGCCCGCCCGAAGAGUGCCAGAAACCCCUCGACAGCCCAGAGGACUGCGGGAGCGAGCUGGAGAAAGUCAGCUGGUAUUACGAACCCAAAACCAACAACUGCUUCUCCUUCACACACUGCCUCAGCUACAACAGCAGCCAGCAGUUCAAGAAGGUGUUCGACACGUAUGAGAACUGCAUGCAGUGCUGCGGCCCCGAGCUGGCGGGCCCCUGCGGGCUCCCCAGCCUGCAGGGCCCCUGCAAGGCGUACGAGCCGCGGUGGGCCUACAGCGGCGCCCUGAGGCAGUGCCAGUCCUUCGUCUACGGAGGCUGCGAGGGCAACGACAACAACUUCGAGUCCAAAGAAGCCUGCGAGGAGACGUGCCCGUACCCCAAGAACCACCACUGCAAGGCCUGCAAGCCCCGAGGCAAGAUCGUGACCAGCUUCUGCCGGAGCGACUUCGUCGUGCUCGGCCGCAUGACGGAGCUGACGGAGGAGAAGGACUCGGGCCACGCGCUGGUGACCGUGGAGGAGAUCCUCAAGGACGAGAAGAUGGGCCUCCGCUUCUUCGGCAAGGAACCCCUGGAGGUGACGUUCGUCAACAUGGACUGGAACUGCCCCUGCCCGAACAUCACCGGCGCCGCCGCCGAGGGCCAGGUCAUCAUCAUGGGCAACGUCAACGACGGCAUGGCCGUCCUGCAGCCCGAGAGCUACGUGGGCGCCUCCAGCCCGCGUCGGGUCCGGAAACUGAAAGAGGUCGUCUCGAAGAACACGUGUGACAUUCUCAAAGCGAUCACUAACAGUCCCCAGUAG